CAAGUCUUCGGCUGCAGCAUUCUGAAUUAAUCCAAGUUUAGGCUUGACAAGAUGGCUGAUGAGGAGUUCGAGAUCGACGUCUAUGGAGACGCAGACAACGGCCAGGAUCACCAAGCACAGGAGCAGGGACAGGGCGCAGAGGAGGAGUACGGUCAUCAUGACGAUAAAGGCAAUGUUGACACCAACGGCGGCGGCAACCACGACGACGCCGCCGCCAACGAGUAUAACGAGGCCAGUGGUGACCAUGGCUUCGACGGCCAUGAUGACGCCGGCGAGCAGGCUGCUCCUGCGCCCCAGCAGGGUGUGAAGCGCAAGCAGGAGCCCGAUGACCGUCCCACCGACCCACGUGCCACCAGUGCCUUGCUGAUCUCCGACAUGCAGUGGUGGAACACCGAGGACGAAAUCCGUGGCUGGAUCAAUGCUGCCUCCUGCGAGGACGAGCUGAAGGACAUCACCUUCAGCGAACACAAGGUGAACGGCAAGAGCAAGGGCCAAGUUUAUGUUGAGUUCACAUCUGCCCAGGCAGCCACUGCAGCCAAGCGCUCCAUCGAAAGCUUGCAGUCCGGUGGUGGUGAUGGCAGUUCGAACCAGGCGCGCCGUGCCACUGUAGCCUUCCACAGCGCCCACAACAACCCCUUCAAGACGCUGCCAAAGGACGCCCCCCAGCGUCAGAACCGCGACAGUCAAGGCCGGGCCGGUUCUACCGGUGGCACCUACUCC